AUGUACACCUACUACUCACAGGUACGCGUACUACAUACAGGUACACGCACUACACACAGGUACACGUACUCCACACAGAUACACGAACUACAUCCAGGUACACGUAACUACACAAAUGUACACCUACUACUCACAGGUACGCGUAUUACAUACAGGGACACGUGCUACACACAGAUACACGUAAUACACACAGGUACACGUACUACACACAGGUACACGUACUACACAAAUGUACAUCUACUACUCACAGAUAACUUACCAAGUGAUAUCGAUACUGCCAAUGAUAAUUUGGAUAACAAUGACACGGAGAACUUACCAAGUGAUAUCGAUACUGCAAAUGGCAAUUUGGAUAACAAUGACACGGAGAACUUACCAAGUAAUAUCGAUACUGCAAAUGACAAUAAUUUGGAUAACAAUGACACGGAGAACUUACCAAGUGAUAUCGAUACUGCAAAUGGCAAUUUGGAUAACAAUGACACGGAGAACUUAUCAAGUGAUAUCGAUACUGCAAAUGACAAUAAUUUGGAUAACAAUGACAUGGAGAACUUACCAAGUGAUAUCGAUACUGCCAAUGACAAUAAUUUGGAUAACAAUGACACGGACAACUUACCAAGUGAUAUCGAUACUGCCAAUGACAAUAAUUUGGAUAACAAUGACAUGGAGAACUUACCAAGUGAUAUCGAUACUGCCAAUGACAAUAAUUUGGAUAAAAAUGACACGGAGAACUUACCAAGUGAUAUCGAUACUGCCAAUGACAAUAAUUUGGAUAACAAUGACACGGAGAACUUACCAAGUGAUAUCGAUACUGCCAAUGACAAUAAUUUGGAUAACAAUGGCACGGAGAACUUACCAAGUGAUAUCGAUACUGCCAAUGACAAUAAUUUGGAUAACAAUGACACUGAGAACUUACCAAGUGAUGCCAAUGACAAUAAUUUGGAUAACAAUGACAUGGAGAACUUACCAAGUGAUAUCGAUACUGCCAAUGACAAUAAUUUGGAUAACAAUGACACGGAGAACUUACCAAGUGAUAUCGAUACUGCCAUGAUAGUGUUAGCGUUACUACCAAUGACUUGA